AUGAGUGAAUGUGUGAAAAACGCGAUAGGAUGCAGUUGUAUUUCAGACCCGCAGACAAAGGAAGAGAUAUGCCUUUGCUCCGAUAAGUAUAUGGCUCGCGACGGGAUAUGCCAGAGCAGAGCCUGCUACGAUCCCUUGACAGACAGCUUUUGCAGCAACUACCCGGGGGCGUUGUGCGAUAACACCAACCACAAGUGUCUGUGCGCUCGUGACUAUCUUGUAUCGGUAAAUGGAAGGUGUAUUGCCGAUAAUUGUGUCACCGAAGACCUAAAUACUAAAGAAAAGACAGAAUGCUGGGGGAGAGGCUAUUGCCUGCUGGACUUCGGGGGCGGGAAUUGCGUUUGCUUUGAUGCUUAUGUUAAUAGAAUACCGUGUAGGUUCUGCAACCCAGACGUGGCAAUAGAAAAAACGACCCCAGGCAUUCUUCCUGUCUGCGUCCCAAAGGUCUGUCUGGACCCAGAAACCCUGGAUCCAAAUGUUGUCUGCAAUGGAUAUGGUACUUGUGAGCCACACCUUCGGGCAACUGGAUCUACAACUUAUAGCUGCGUAUGUAACGAGGCUUCUGCCGAUGUUAACAACAGCUGUUAUCCUCUGGAGUGCGUAUCUAUGACUUUUUAUGGAGUAGGUCAGCCCUCUGUCUGCAACGGAUACGGUACUUGCAACAUAGCCACUAAGACAUGCACCUGCAACCAUCCGUACACGGGCACAUUCUGCAGGUCGUGCCUCCCUGGCUUUGAGAGCUACUAUACAAUCACUCACAGUACUAUCAACUUCAGCUGCCUUCCUCGCACUUGCUUUGACGGCCGAACCAACAGCUUUUGUACCGGGUAUGGAUCCUGUGCGCUAGACUCUGAGACCCAGACUUAUAAGUGCAACUGUAAUAAGGAUGCCACUUUCUCCUCCUCUUUUUCGAUGCUCUGUGCCCCAACCCAAUUACUUCAGCGGGGUGUUAAGAGACAUCUGCUCCUGGGGCUCAUCAUCCUGACUGUUCUGUUAACCAUGGCCAUCCUGGGGCUUACUCUGUACUUUCUUGCAAAGUUCCUGAUCUUCAGAAGAAAGAAUAAGCAGCGGAUAGCAUAUAUUAAAGAACGCAAGACGGAGAUUGCUCGGAACCUUCACAAGGAGGCGAAGCAAGAAAGUGAAGUGUUGUCGUCUCGUUCUGUUUUGUCUACCAGUGACUACAUUAACUUCCAACGGCGAUAUAUGUGA